AUGGCCCCCAUCACGGAAGGCGAGAAGGCACUAGCGUACGAUGAUGAAGCUGUCACCACCACUCCUCCUCAUCCAGGCGUCGAUAUCGGCGUAGUCAUUGGAAUCGAACCCACGCAUGUGCUGAAUGAGUCCUUUAAUCUCUGGAAUUCCUUGAACUCGGAAGCCCUGACAAUUAUCGCAAUUUUGGUGUAUAUCAUCGUCCUCCUGGCUGCGGCCGUCCGUCUAUUCUCACGGAUCGUGUGGUCUAUUUCACGACAAGGAGCAUUACCCUUCGCGGUCUGGCUGGCAAAAGCCAACAACCGUCUCGAGCUCCCUGUCAACGCUAUUUUAUCCAGCUCCGUUCUCGUUGGCGCCAUGGGCGCAAUCCUUCUCGGAUACACAACAGCAAUAAAUGCCAUUCUGGGUGGCGGCAUUGUUAUGUGCUAUCUGUCAUACGUCCUGGCUGUCGGGAGUCUUCUCUAUAGCGGCCGAGCGAAGGUGUUCCAGAGCGAACGCUGUUUCAAUUUGGGCCGAAGCGGCAUUUUUUUCAACAUCAUUUCGAUUAUCUGGAUGCCCUUCAACACAGUCUGGCUCUGCUUUCCAUCCUACCUUCCGGCAACAGGGUCGACCAUGAACUAUGCCUCCGCUGUCAUCGGUGGUGUUUUUCUAUGA